UUUAACAAAACAAACAUCAAAAUUCAAAACAAUGAAGUCAAUUUUCCGGACCGCAUUAAUAGCCACCAACAACACACUAACCCACCGUUCCUUAAACCCUAACCACCCUAUCAUCACUACUCCUUCAUAUCAUCUGAAUCUCACCACCGCCGUCAACCGCCGCACCAUUUUCUCAACUUCAAUGGCAGCCACCGGCGAGUCCUCACCUACUUCCGCUGUUGUGGAAAAACAAUUCGAUGAAUUCCGUCUCCGGUUGGAAGAAUCCGGAAGCUUACGUGACAGAAUCAAAGCUGUUGCGACGGAAAUCGAAUCUAUUACAAGAAUGAUGCAUUCUAGCCUUCUUCUUGUUCAUCAAUCUCGGCCCAUUCCUGAGGUUCUAGAAAAGGCCAAGGCUCAGAUUGACGAACUGAAGCAAUUGUUCAGUCGUCUAGCAGAAAUCGUCCGGGAAAGUCCUGGUCAAUACUAUAGGUACCAUGGUGAUUGGAGGAAUGAGACCCAACAGGUGGUCUCUCUUCUUGCUUUUAUGCAUUGGCUAGAGACGGGAAACCUUUUAGUACAUGUGGAAGUGGAGGAAAAACUAGAGUUGAAUGCUUCAGAAUUUGGUCUCGAUGUUGAAGACUAUCUUAUUGGAAUCUGUUUUAUGUCAAAUGAACUGCCGAGGUAUGUGGUGAACCAAGUUACAGCUGGUGACUACGAUUGCCCCAGAAAGGUCCUAAAGUUUUUAACUGACCUUCAUGCCUCGUUUCGGUUGCUUAAUCUCAGGAAUGAUCUUUUGAGGAGAAAGUUUGAUGGCAUGAAAUAUGAUUUGCGAAAAGUUGAGGAAGUGUUUUAUGAUGUGAAAAUUCGUGGGUUGGCUUCCAAAGGCGACCUAAAAGACCAAGCUGCACAAGAAACUUAGCAAGUUACUGGAUCGGCUUCAUCUAUUUAUCCCAAUUUUUGUACACAUCUAACUUGUAAACAGUAUAUUUGGAAGUUAUGUGAUGAAUCUGCUAAGUUAUGUAGAAUGUAGAUGAUAACCCUCACUUUUAAGGUGAUUCUAUAUUAGAAUGGGGGUAUUAACAGUUGUCAA